AUGCGAGUAGCUGGUGACCUGGAACGUGAGGGCUUCUUAGCCUGGCUCGAUAAAUACCAGGCUCAGUUGGUUGUACUUGCAGCUCAAAUAUCAUGGUCUGAGUCAGUCGAGACUGCCUUAGUUGCUAUGUCUUCUGCUAAACCUAACAAUGUUGAAGCAUCUGGUGACGCUAGUAUGACGCCAUUACAACUUUGUUUGGCUUCGGUCGAGCGUAUGUUAACCGUGCUGGCAGACUCAGUACUAUACGAA